AUGAAGAGCCAGAACAGAGCUGGGCCGGAUUUCAAUCGACACCUACCUCUCCCCUCCACGGUGGCUUCCACCCUCUAUCGGGCGUCGCCCAUCGACCCGGCUCUCAAAUCUGGUUCUUCACAGGAGCGUGAGUUUCCUUACGACUUGUCCGCCGACAAUUCUUCCGCCCGUCACGCGUCCAACGGAUCCACACCGUUUUCUACGACACUACCGGAUAUCAAGAGCGUAACCAAAUUCGGCUCAGGCGAGAGCGACGGAUACCCAGGCUCUUCUGUUAGCACCUCGCUUCCUGGACUUGCAGCUCUGGCUUCGGUCGCUUCAGCACCAACCUCUAAUCUUCGUUCAUCCAGUGAUGCGAGUAUGAGUAUGGCAAAUAUGACCUACGCUACAUCAUCACCGGCAGCUACGACAGGAGGACAAGGGAGUGGACCUCCCGUUUGCCAAAAUUGCGGCACCUCUACCACUCCCCUGUGGCGUAGGGACGAAGUCGGUUCAGUCCUCUGCAAUGCUUGUGGACUCUUCUUGAAACUGCAUGGCCGACCUCGCCCGAUAAGCUUGAAAACAGAUGUGAUUAAAAGUCGCAAUCGCGUGAAGACCGGACAGGGCCCCAAGCGCAAGUCUGGCGGCCCUGUUGAUACCAAUGGCCUCCCGCCACGAUCUGAGGCGGGGACCCCUCCCCUCGGCUCGCAUGGAUACCGUCGCGCGUCGCGCAAGAUGUCUUCGGGUCAUUCGGAUCGCUCCAACUCCCCCGUUUCCCGGACCGAGACACCUGGUUUUGGAUCGAUGCACGCGCACAACUCGAAUAUCGCACCGCAGCACAUGUUCGACAGUGUUACCCUAGGCGACAGCAUGAACUCUUCCAGCGGCCUCCCCUCCCGGCAGAUGCGCCAACCCUCUCCCUCGGCAGUCGACCGCCAACUCGAUUCCCCCCACACAUUCGAAAGUCUCCUGGCCCUCAACACAUCCCUGAAGACACGCGUCAGUGAACUCGAGUUCGUCAACGAGCUCUUCCGCGGUCGCGUCACGGAACUCGAACAAAGUGACGCCAGCGCCCGUCGAUCGGAGAUGAUUGUACGAGACUCCGAGGUUCGUCUGAGACGGUCUCUCGAGGAUGCUCAGCGUCGCGAGGAGGAUCUAAAGCGUCGCGUUAGCGAUCUCGAGCGCCAGUUUGGUUCUAACAGCGCCGGUGACGCCGAGUCCGGCGAGCCGCUCGCAAAAAAGAUCCGGCUGUCGGAUGUUGUGGAAUCUGGCGAGGAUGUGCUGGUCAAAUCUCCCAAGAGCGUUUAG